AUUUACAUCCAUUCCAUCGGAAGAAUAUAAGUGUCUCGAAAAGAGAAUCAAAACCUCGAUUUCGGUUGCUCAUGGCGAUCCAUUCUCGAUUCGUUGCGAUCUGCCUCAUCGUCUUCGCGAUCGGAGCGACGGGCGCCGUAAUCUCCUCCGAGACCUUGACUUCCGCGGCACCCAAGGCGAUCUCAGAAUUGAGGGACCUGAUCGUGAAGGGAUUAGGGUUCCAGUCGGAGGACCUGAAAGUCUCCGGGUUCGACGUACGGGACGCGCUGGUGGGGCAGGCGGUGGCGUAUGAGUUCGAUGUCGAGGUGGAGAAGAGGGUGAUCCCGAUAAGGCUGUUGGAGGACGUCAGCCGAUGGGACUUCGUCGACCUCCCCAUCUUUAGGAUGGCAAAGGAGGAGGAGGAGGAGGAGGAGAAGGGGUUGGCCGAGAUUGGGAGAGGGUCAGAUGAUAGGGUUUCACCAGUAUUGCCCCCAUUUCAGCUCGCCGGCCCGAUGGAGCUGUGGAUCCAAGACGGGGACGACAUGAGGCUCUCUUUGCCGCAUGAUGUGGAAGCUGGUGCACUGAAGAAGGUUAUCCUAUCGGAUGGUGCAGCGGUGACAGUGAAGGGUGCCAAGUCCAUUAGCCUUCGCCACCCAAUUGAUCUCCCCCUUCCCCUCAACCGCAGUCACCCAAAAAACCGUCCUGUGGCAUCAGCCCUGCUAUCCAUAGCUGAAGCCCUCCGCCAUGCUUCACGUAGCAACCAGAAACCGCUCCUUUCACUGCGAAUAGUUGGCCCAACGUCCCUCACUUCAUCCCCUUCGGCAUCUCCCAAUGACAAACUGAAGCUCAAGCGUCUUGCACCUGGUCUUGUUGAGCUUUCUUCUCGUUCCGUCCCAGAACCAUCUGACGAAGUUGAUGGAUCUCGUAGGACCACGUUGUGGCCUCUGACAUCGCUUAAUGGAUCAGAUCCAAGCCUUCAUGGUUUUGAGGAAUUAUUGGCAUCAGUACUAGGGAAAAAGGGGUAUGAAGAGGGAUCCUUCAGACUGGUCAAGGCACAGGUGUCUGCACAAACCUAUGUGAAAAUGGGCUUUGCGGUAGAGAAGAAGCUUCUUGAUAGAGAGGGAGAGGUUGAUUGGUCAGUUUUUCCUGCAUGGAAAACAAAGCCUGAGAAGGCUAUAAUGCACUUCGAGGUGUUGGCCAGGGUUGAAGAUAAUGGAAGGGUAGUUCCGGAGAGGAUAGCCGAGAUCCAGCCAUUUGAAAUACAGGAAUCAAUUAUUGAUAGCUUGCAAACUGGAAAUACUUCCAUGUCCAAGGCUCAAAUAGUCCAUCCGCCACCCAUGUACUUCACGCUUUGAUUUAGUACUUCCUUGUUGCUCAUGUUUGGGGAAAGGUAAUGGGUAGCACAAGAGUUCCAGGACAGGGAUUCUAAUUUUCUUUCUUUGCCAUUACCGACAAUGAAGGUGUUUGUGUGUUGUACAUUUAUUUGAAGAAAAUGGAUCCCAAAGUGGAUGACCAUCUGAGAAUGCAAGAAAUGAAGAUAGAAAAUAACUUUUAUAUGAAA